AUGCGCUCUUCAGAGUCGUCGGCGGCUCCUAGCAGCACUAUCCUCGCUGAGCAGACCUCGCCGCUUAACCUCCCUUCUGGAACUCUACGCCUGCGCGCUGAGCCGGUCCAGCGCCGCCACAUCCAGUGGGCCGAGGACGUAGUGGACAACGAGGGCAUGGGCAAGAAGUCAUCUAAAGUAUGCUGUAUCUACCAUAAGCAGCGCGAGUUCGGCGAGUCCUCCGAUGAGUCUUCCGACUCCUCAUCCGACGACGACUCCGACAGCGAGCCAGACAACAGCACGGCACGCCCUUCCCGGAACAGUGGACGCGGCCGGCCCCAGCACCACCCUCAUGGCCACAACGAUGGUCCGAGCAGCGGUCCCAGUAAGGGGAGGCGCCCUGCCAGGAAGAGGAGCCCCAACGCGUACGAGAAGAUACCCCACUACAACAAAAAGAAGAGCGACAACUGA